GGAAAUUGCGCUAUUCAGUUUGUCAUCGCUACACUCUACAGCAAUGCCUGAGCCGAAAGCCGCUCCUGCGCCUAAGAAGGGCUCUAAGAAAGCCGUUUCUAAGAGCCAGGCGAAGGGAGGAAAGAAACGCAGAAAGACCAGGAAGGAAAGUUAUUCCAUCUACGUGUACAAAGUACUGAAGCAAGUUCAUCCUGAUACGGGAAUUUCUUCUAAGGCAAUGGGAAUCAUGAAUUCGUUUGUGAACGACAUCUUUGAGCGCAUCGCCGGAGAAGCUUCUCGGUUGGCUCACUACAACAAGCGCUCCACCAUUUCUUCCCGGGAGAUCCAGACUGCUGUGAGGCUCCUGUUACCGGGAGAGCUGGCUAAGCACGCCGUGUCCGAGGGCACCAAAGCAGUUACCAAGUAUACCAGUUCCAAGUAAACUGAAUGACUUCUGCUUAGAACCAACGGCUCUUUUCAGAGCCCCC